ACCCGCUUUGUAUCCAAAUAAUACUUUGGUAUCCGAAAUGUCACUCUUCAACCACCUCCAUCAGCAGAAGCCUGAUGCCAACUUUGCAAUGGCAGCGUUGGCUAAGGCUGAUACACAUCCUAAUAAAGUGGAUGUCACCAUUGGUGCCUACAGAAACGAAGAAGGUCGUCCGCAGUUAUUCCGGGCUGUACGUGAGGCUAAGAAGAUAAUGGCAAACGAUAUGAAUGAAAUGGAAGAAUAUUUACCAUUAAAAGGACACCAGGGAUUUGCGGAUGCAGCUCGUGAUUUGUUGUUUAAGGGUAAUCAAGACAAGGAAUCAUACGACAAGUUUUGCCAACGUAUUGUGGCCUUCCACAGCGGUUCAGCUACUAACGCCAUCUACACAUCACUAUUAUUAGUCAAGGAAAUACUCCCUCAUGCUGAGAUGGCUUAUGCAAGCAAUCCUGGAUGGAGCAAUUACGAGCGCCUCGUUACAUGUGCGGGGCUUAAAUACGGUGAAUAUACCUACUACACUUCCGUCGAGAGAGGUGUGGAAUUUGAUACUAUUAUGUCAGAGUUGAGGACUUACAAGCCCGGUUCUGUUGUGAUUUUGCAAGGUUGCUGCCACAAUCCCACCGGAUUUGACCUCAAUGAAAUUCAAUGGAGAGCAAUCAGAGACUUAAUGAUUGAGAGAGAAUUGAUCCCACUCCUUGAUAUUGCAUAUCUUGGUUUGGGUACUGGUGACCCUUGGAAUGAUGGGUACGCCGCAAGAAUAUUUGCAGAAAAAGACAUGGAUGUCUUCAUUGCACAGUCGUUUUCCAAAAACAUGAGUUUGUACUCAGCUAGGAUUGGAAUAAUGCACUGCCUCUUUAAAAGCGAUUUUAUUCCAAAGCGAGAAUUGCUUGUUAAAAACUUGGAACUAAUUGGUAGGGGAAGAUUCGGUGCUCCUACCAGACACGGGGCAGAAAUUGCCUACCGUUUAAUGACCGUACCUGAUCUCAGGAAAAUGUGGCUAGACGAGCUUACUGAUGUAGCUCAUAGACUAGAGCGACUUAGGAACCAGCUUCGUGAUAGGAUCGAAGCGAAGGGUAUACCUGGAAAAUGGAAUCACUUGACCAAGCAGAUCGGAAUGUUUGCAUACCUUGGAAUCUCUGCCAAAGCUGUGGAGCGUAUGCAAAAGGAGUUCCAUAUAUACAUGAUGUCAGACGCCAGGGUCUCUGUUGCUGGUUUGAACGCUAACAACAUUGACUACUUUGUCGAUGCACUACACACUGUGCUUACUUCGUAAUGCAGCUAAACAAAAUAUAACUAAUGUCAUAUAAAAGUGUGCUCAAAAGGGAGCAUUGGAAUAUACUAAA